CCAAUGAAAUAUUACUUCUCAUUUUGAAAAGACUUGAUAAUAUUGAUGUUCAUUAUUCUUUACUUGGUCUCAAUAAUCAACCACUUGACAUUAUAGCACAAGAACAAAUCUUUACUAAUACUCUUAAUUUUGUUUCCAUGUCAUUAUCAACUAAUGAGAUUUCUUCAAUUUCUGACUCAAUAAAAGAUCGAUUUUGUAUUGAUAUAUUACCAAGAAUUCAUAACAAUGUCAAAUCUUUCAUUCUUGAAUCAGUUUAUAUGGAAAGGUCCCAUGUUUGGAGUGAGACACAUGAAUCAUGUGGUAGAUAUUCUCAAUCACCAAUCAUCAUAAAAACGGCAUGUACUGUUUAUCGAACAUUUACACCUUUUGAUUUUUCAUCAGCUUACAAUCUACAGCAUGACUUUACACUUUUAAAUAAUGGACAUACGGUUGUUGGUACAUACCAUGGAAAUGAUUCAUCACCUUUCAAUUUGACUGGAGGUGGUUUGAACGGAACAUUUCGACUUCAUAAUUUUCAUCUUCACUGGGGUGAAAAUCAUAGAACAGGCAGUGAACACCAAAUAAAUGAUGUAAAAUAUCCAAGUGAAGUUCAUUUUGUUCAUAUUAAUCCUCAAACAAAAGCAGUAGCUGUACUUGGUAUCUUUAUGAAUAGUACACGACAUAGAAAUCAAACGAUCCGUACACGAAAAAGACGCGAUGAUAUCUAUAGUACUGAAAAUAUAACAAUCACUGAAUGGAACAACUAUUUUCAAGCAGUUGCAAAUUUAACACAGAAAAAUAAUUCAGUUGUACUGAAUUUAAACUUAGCUUCGUUGAUGGGAAGUAAUCUAGAUGAUUUUUGGCGUUAUGGAGGUUCGCUGACAACACCACCGUGUACUGAAGGUAUUACUUGGACUGUGUUCAAAACACCUGUUAUUUUUCAUGAACGUGGAAUACAUGCUCUUCGAAAUAAUAUUCAUACGGGAAAUUAUCGUCAUCCACAACCAUUAUUUAAUCGAAUACAUAAUGCUUAUCAUUAUACUUCCUAUAUUUGA